UCGGCUCAAAUGCCACUUCCCAGUGUCCUCGGUUGUAUACAGCAAUGCCCCGAGAUCGCACAGUGCCUUCCAAUUGGCUCAUUUCUCCUUCUGUUUCGCCUUCUGCAGUGCCUCAAGGAGCGAUUAUCAUGGCUCCCUUCAUGUAGGGGCAGCGAGCCUCCACCAUUUCUACCUCCCGAUGUCAAGAAAUUCGUGGCUAGUGCUCUCUGUAUAGCCCCAGAGUCGUCAGAUGCACUUCUCGAUCAGUGCUGGGCUGCGCUUCGUAGCUCCAUCUGGGCUAGUACCACUGGCACUUUUGCUGAGAAGUGUCGCUCGAAGGAGCUUCUUGAUGCUUUUCUGGAGCAUGGGAUACAACAGGACAUAGGCUUCCACGAUCUAUAUCCACGUACUCGUGUCUGCCUUGAUCCAAAAUGCACGAGUGUUCAUCAACCUCAGUCUGGCGAAACCGAUCCUGACGAACUGGGUGCAACUUCACGCAAACUGACCCGGCUGACGUCAACCCAAUGCAUCAAUUUCACUCGAGAGUUCGGGCCUGUCCCAGUGUUCGCAUACUCAGCACAUUGCCGAUCCUGUUUUACUCGAUACUACCCGGACUACUAUGUCCAUGAACAACGCGGCAUUCGGUCUUACUAUCAUGGAGUCCCAUCGUCAAUUGAGGUCGCAAAACAUACGUAUGUUGAGGCCUCGCUCUGUGAGCAGUUCACAGCUUCUACAGUCAUCGCGUGGUAUUAUUCUUCUAACAAUGCCAAGAUUUACCAGCAACAGCACUGGGAAUCUGAAGCCCGAUUCCCACUGGUGUGGCCUGUAAAGCCCAGGCUUGACGGACCAAUGGUUUCCGAUGCAUUUUUCCUUUUUGCACUCUUGCGAGACCAUGAUGAGCAUGGCACUCUUCUUGUCCUCACAAACGAUGCCAAUCAUUCGGUCCGGCUUGAUAGUGCAUUACGCCAGCGCAAUUUGGCAAUGGUCGGCCCAGGGCAAGAACAAUGGAAUCAUAUUUGCGAUCGCUGCUGCGCCCGCAAGGUUGAUGGUGAUACAAUGCGAGCUGUUGUCACAGAUGGUGUUACAGUUGGGCGGCCAUGUUGUGGAGUUCAUGACUGCAAGGGCCAGCUCCUCUCCCAACGAGCCCGCUUCUGCACUGCCCACCUCGAUCUUGAAAAACAAUGUAGCAUCCUUGGGUGUGAGAACAACGCAGACAUGGAUUUCAAGACAUGCAGCAUCGAGUCCCAUAGGGCAAUGGAGACGGCUAACAAGGCGAGACAAUCUGCACUCCCAGAUGAUGUGCUCAAUAUGGAUGAAGAGGAUGCCGCCGAAGAGGACAAUAUCAAAGACGAUGGGCAGAGCGGACCGAAGCUCCGCGCACGCUUUGGUCGGCGGUGGACUCACAACGAGCAGCUCUGUGUUGCCACUUGCGGAGUUGUCCUGGGCCGGAUGACUAUGUACGGGUCAGAAGCAGUAAGCGGAAUCAAAGUCUUCCUGCACCGUUUGUUCCCGACCCAGCGCUCGCUUCCUCGUGCCAUCUUCUACGAUAAUGCCUGCCAAUUCAAGAAGCAUUUAUUGGCUAGUGGUGAUCAAUAUUUCAACAGUUCAGCACUUCCUGUUGAUGUCUUCCACAUGAAGAGCAAACACAAGGACUCGGACGAGUUUUGCGGUCUUCACUGCAACCCUGCACGGUGGCCGGAAUUACACGAGGGAGGGAAAUGGCGCUUCAAUUCCUCUGCUGCAGAGAUGACAAAUGCAUGGUUUGGAGGAUUUCAGUCCAUGGUGCGGGAGAUGCGCGAGGCUCGCUAUGAUUUCUUUCUAGAUGAAGCCAUCAAACAGCGGAAUCGCCUCACCAUUCGUGAGCUCGCCCUACAGCAUGCAAAUCCCUGCACAUUAGACCGGGCUUGGAUGUUAUCA